AUGCCCCCUCUCCCUCCCCUCAUCCUGCACGUAGGCGAUGCUAUAAAAGGCGGUGAGCUGUGCACCCCAGCCAUUCUCAUCCUGUUCGGCGACGCGGAGGCUUCUGGGGCAGACGUGAUGGUUGCGACGGGAGAAAUUGUGAUCAUGAUGGCGGCCACGUCGACGGCCAUUGCUGCUUCCGGGACCGCGAGAGGAGACGAGAAGAAAACUUCGAUGAAAGGUUCUGCGAACAUCAGCUUUACUGCAAUGAGAAAAGACUGCAACAAGUUUUCCUACAACUUCAUCAACAAUUCAUAUUCUGAAAUUUCUUUGAAGGCCAUUGUAAAGGAGCAAGCACUGCGCCUGUGUCAAGCUAUGAUAUGCGGCCCCCCUGUGGACGGUGUUCCGAGGCGUCUUGGGGUUCACAUCUUGGGAGUGUCGGGUCUAUUCGAGCUGCGUGCGAUGUGGAGCCCUCUCCUGGUUCGGCGGCCUGUCCCCAAGGGUCGAGGGCGUGCAUCAGCAGUCCGGCUACUGCUGGCGUCGCCUCGAGGGAUCCUACGCCCUGCCCGUGCAUCUGGUUGA